AUGGAGGCGAAGCCGCAGCGCGCAUUAGAUCCCAGUCAGGCUCGCCCGCCCGGUGGCAAAUACCUGAGCCGAUGGACGUCGGAGGAGGACGCGAUUCUUCUCGCGCACGUCACGGCGCACGGCACGACGAACUGGGGACUGCUCAAGAGCAGCGGCCUGCUACCGUACCGCGACAAUAAAGCGUGCUGCAACCGUUUUAUUCUGCUAAAAAAGAAGUUUCUCGAGCUCUCCCCUUCCGCGGAUGCCGACAUGUCUCCCGCGCCUCCAUCGUGGGCGGACGCCCCCAAGGCUCAUCAUGGCUCCGCGCCCGCGCCAUCCGCCACCCACCGCACCGGCUCCGGCCCCACUCGCGGUGUCAUGGCUCAAGUCGGGACCGCGUCCUCUCCCCUUCCCCCGCCUCCUGCCGUCGCCUCAACUGCGCCAUCUGCCGCGGCAACCGCAGAUAUAAAAGUCGCCAGCGGACCCGCAGCCGCCGGUUCGUCCGCCCAUCCCGCCGCUUCCGCCUCAGCUGGCGGCGCAAGCGGAAGCGCGGAGAUGCGGAGGGCCAACGACGAGCCGAAGGCGCAGCAGGAGAGUCCCGGGCUGGCCUCCGCUACGUGCAGCGGAACCGGGCGCGGCAGCGGCGGGUGCGGAAGCACCACUCUGGAACCGCGCGUCCCCGACGACGACGCGGAUGGCGAGCAGGCGGGUUCCGCGGAGGUCUUGCGGCCGCCAGCGCUGUUCGAUAUGAGCGCGCGGGGGUCAGCGUCCGCGACCGGGGCGUGCGGCGCGACGGGCGGAGCGCAGGCGGGUCUUGAAUGGGAGACCACGGGGCUCAGCCACAAGCGGGCGCUGUCGGAAGGCGGGAGUUUUAUGGCGGCCGGCGCGGCGGCAUCCGCGGCUGCUGCCUCUGGCGAUCUCUCCGACAUGAAGCGCCUCCGCCGGUUUGUCUCCGCGGCCCGUUCGCCGCUCCGCGCGGAUACUUCCCAGCAGGGAGCCUAUGGCGCAUCACUGGGCUCCGCCGUGGACGGCGCGGGCGUGUCGCGCGCUAUGUCGGUGGAUGGCAAGUCGACGGGCGGGGGGUCUGCGACUGGCACGCCUGGCGGGAGCACUGCGACGACUGGGGGUGGCGACGUCGACAUGGACGUCGCAGGGGUGGCGGCGACGGCGACCGCGCCGGCGGCGACUAAUCCGUCUGCAUCCACGUCAGCUGUAUCAGCGCCGCGGCGCUCCGACGGAAGACUCACGGGGCUUGGAUUAUCCGCGUCAGCCAUUCCUCGCUCUGCGAGCGCGUAUCAGGAGACCGCAUCCGAGGGUCUUCCGCGCGCGGCGUGCAGAGCUCCUCCGUCCGCUGAUAUGCUCAACCUCUGCAACAUGCUCGGUCUCGACGCCACCGCGCCCUCGCUUCCUUCUGCCACUGCUUCCGCCGCGCCCGCCGCGGAGGUCCCCCCCGCGCAGUUCCCCCUACCCCCCGCGGGCCCUUCCGCCCACGGCCAGCGGCGCAGCAACAGCCCUCUCCAGCACGCCUCCCUUCGCAAGCACCACACGAUGCCGAACCACUCUGUGCCGAACCUGCUGGCGAAGCUGCGGCGUAGGAACGGACACGGACACGGCUCGGCAGGGGGAGCUCCUGGUGCGCACUCGGGGGGCUCCGCCUCUCCGCCCCUCGGGAGCUCCGCGGCCAAUGUGCGCCAGCUCAUGAAGGCGCUCGGCCUUCCCCCCGUACCCUCCCCGCCGCAGCCCUCCCUGCUUCACACUGCAGCCACGGCGCCCACCGCUCUCCACCGCAACACACCUGGCGCGGCCGCUGCGUCUCUGCCCGACGCGACGGCGCUGAGCAGCGUGGUGGGCGGGCUGCAGGCUCAGCUGCAUGCAAAGCAGCGGCAGCAUCUGCAGGCGCAGCAGCAGCACGCGGAUCCCUCAGCGCUCGCGGGCAGCAAUGCCGGCGCGUUCGGGUUUCCCACGUCCGUGGACGGGCUGUUUGACUGGAUCUCCCAGCCUGUCGGCUCCGACUCCCCCUCUUUCCACGCUGACGCCUUUGCAGCGUGCGUGGGCGGUGACUCGGGCAUGGAUCCUGCUGCCCUGUCCGCUUCGUCCGCCUCUGCUGCCGCGGCUGCAGGGAAAGGCGGGCGGAGUCGUGUGGGCGCGGACGCAUGGAGGAGUGCAGCGGGUGCAGGGCUGUGGAUCGGCCCGGGUGGGGCUGCUGACUCCGUGGGAGCGCUCACUGCUGGGCUGCCUGGGGGCCCCUGCCUGCCCUCCGCAGAUGGCAGGGCCCCCAUGGGUGGUGGCGGGCACUCGGUAGGCACCAUGCGCUCGGCGUCUCCUUCGCUCACUGCCACUGCUGCCACUGCCGGUGCUGGCGGCAUCUCUGCUGGGGCGGCGGCGUGUGAGGCGUUCAACAUGUCAGUGGUGCGGCAGAGCUACUUGGAGUCGCUCAAGGAAGUCCAGGGCGCGGCGGGCAUUGCAGACAUGCUCUCAGGGACAGUGCCUCCCUGCAAGUCCAAAGGAGCCUUCGCUUAUUCUGCUGCCGGCGCUGCCAAUGCCGUUCCCACGGGGCUUGGUGCAGCGACGAAUGUUAACACGGGCCUGGGGAGUAGUGCUGUAGCGGAUGGUGGAGUUGGUUUCAGAGCGCGGCCCGCCAUGGCGGCGUCAAGGAAGAUGCACCUGGAGAUGGAACGUACGCUGAAGCGAGUCCAGGAGGGGAUCGACGAGUUCCAGUCCACGUGGCAGAAGAUGGACGAGGCCACUGAUGUGACGAAGAAGGAGAAGUUCGAGGGAGAGCUGAAGAAAGAGCUCAAGCGCCUCCAACGUGUGCGCGACCAGAUCCGGUCAUGGCUGUCAACGAGCGAGGCGAAGGCGCAUCUGGAGGAGCUGGAGGCGGCGCGUCGGCAGAUAGAGGUGGAGAUGGAGCGGUUCAAGCAGUGCGAGAAGGCCAGCAAGAUCAAGGCCUUCUCCAAGGAAGGCCUCGUGCAGCAGUCCCGGAAGGACCCAUCGGAGAAGGCGAAAGUGGAGGCAGCUGCGUUUCUGAAGAAGUCAAUGGAUUCUCUGCAGGUGCAGAUCGAUGAGUACGAGGCCGAGAUCGAAACCAUAUCAGGCGGCAAGACGGGGAAGAAGCUCAAUGCCAGGGUGCUGGAGCUGGAAGGCCAUGUCACCAAGGUGCUGCGGCUGUUGGAGAACGAGGAGAUCGCACCAGAGGACGUGGAAGCACUCAAGGAGAGCAUCUCCUGGUACCUCGACAUGCACCAGGACGAGGACUACAUGGCGGACGAUGCGCUGUACGAUGAUAUGCCCUUCCACAAGCUCUUUGGCAAGCUCAACGACGACUCUGCUGCCUUCUCCACCACAGCGCGACUGCCAUCCGCCCUGUCCUGCCCCCGCAACCCCAGGCUCGACACCUCCCCCCUCUCCCCGUCCCCGCUUUCCCCCUCCCCCUCCACAUCCCUCCUCGCCUCCUCGCCCCUCAAGCCAUUCUCGCCGCUGCCCACCGUGUUUGAACCUGCUACAAGCACCACUACCAUUGGCAGCACGAGCAGCCCUCUCUCGCGAGUCUCUGCCGCCAUCUCUGCUGCUCCAGAGCGCCACCUCUCGGCGUCGUUUCGACCCCAGCGCAAGGGGGUAGACCAAGCAGGUGGCGCAGAAGGGGAGGUGAAGGGGAAAGCGAAGGCGGAGGGGGAGGCAGAUCGGCAGGAAGGGGGAGCGGUGGGGCGAGGCGGAGGCAAGGAGGGGGGCGGUGGGGCGGGGAAGGGGGCUGGUGGGGAGGCGGGGUGGGAAGUGAGGGGAUCCGCGCAGUCGUCACCUCUGUCAAUCCAACUGGGGGAUGAGGAGGGUGGGGAGGGAGACGCGAAGCGCAAGGUUGGAGCGCGGGACAAAGGUGUGCCUGAACCAUCCAUUGCAAAGGCCGUCCAGGCGGAGAAACCAGCAGUGGUGGAGGUUGAAGCAGAGGGGAAGGAAGCUGCCACGAGCGCACGGGACGCAGGGAGAAGGAAGGCAGGGAGAUUAGGAGUCGAGAGUAGCACAAUGCUGGAUAAGAGUAGCAGCAGCGCUGGUAGUCUGAUGGGGAAGGUAGGCGGCAGUGUUGGUGGGAGUAGUCAGGUGGGGAAGGGCGCAGAGAAGGCACUGGCGGGUGGGGUUGGGGAGAGGGAGGAGCGGCGGGAGAAGGAGGCGGGAGGGGCGGUGGGGAGGGGGGACAUGGGUGGGAGCAUUGCGUUUCUGCGCUCGCUCACGUCCAUCCGCUCUGCUGCACUCGCUGCUGCUGCCGCUGCCUCGGACUCCUCUGCGGCUGCUGCACCUGGUGCUGGUGCUGCUGGCGCUGGUGCUGCGGGUGUGGGAAGGAGAGGCCGGUUGUUGCAGCAGGAGAGGGGGCAGGGAGCAGCACCCGCACCUGCACCCGCUCCUGGGAAGGACCGGCUCACUACAACAACCGUCGCUGCUGCUGCCACUGCCGCUGCUGCAGGUGCUGCUGCGGCUGCUGCUGCUGCGGCUGCUGUAGUUGGAGGAGGUGUGCAUGGCAAGGGCGCUGGUGCAGAGGGUGGGGCGGAGGGCAGCAGCAGUAGCGUUCAUGCGCGCACUCAAGAUACCCCCGCCCUCCCCUCGGAGCUGCUGCUGUCCAGACCUUCGUCUGCUGGCCCGUCCAGCCCUGUAGCAGCUGAAGGCAAGCAGUCUUCGCUGCUGCUGCGGCGAGCAGCCUCUGCAAUCACAGUGGACUUACCCGUCCUCCCAGACUCCCUAGACUCCCUUGCUGCUGAACCCCCAAACCCCAUUGAGGCUGCUGCUACUGGCGUCGCCACUGCAUACCUCCCCGCCUCCGUCCCCGUUCUCCCCCCACCGGCAGCCGCGUCAGGGGGAACGCUCACCCCCCAGGGCGCCCCACUAACCCCUAAUACGAUCAGGGGAGCUGGGGCAGGUGGGACGUUUCCCUCAGGGGCUUUGGAUGGGCGGCAGCAGGGGGCAUGGACAGCUGGAGUAGCAGGGGCAGGGCAGCACGGAGUGCCGCUGCUGGGAGGUGGGCAUUCGUCACUCAUUCAACCAGGAAGGAUGAGUAGAGGGUUGAGCCAGAAUGACCUUCAGGGUGUCGCUUCUGCUCCUGCUGCUAUUGCUGCUGCUGCUGCUGCUGCUGCUGCUGGCGGUGUUGGUGGUGGUGCAGCUGCAGCUGCUGGUGCACCGCUGGGGGCGGCAGCAGGGGCGUGGCAGAGAGCGCCUGCAGACAUGCCUGCUGCACUGCAGCAGGUGCCUCCCAGCCUUUCGCGAGUGCUGAUGCAGAAGCUGCAGCACCAGCACCUCAUGCAGCAGCAUGCUGCACUGCCGCUCCUCGCUCAGCAGCAACAGCAGGCGCAGCAGGUGCAGCAGCAGCAGGCGCUGUUACGGCAGUUGCCAGUGCAUCCGGGGGCACAGGGAGGUGUGCUGCCAUCGCUGCAGCAGAGCCUGCUGGCUCAGCAGGCGCAGCAGAUGGCUCUUGCCUCUCACAAGCAGCAGCAGCAGCAGCAGCAGCAGCAGCAGGAGAGGGUGCAGGCGCAGCAGAUGUUCCAGUCGUCCCAGCUGGUGCAGCCACAGCAGGCUCCGCCCCCUGCCCCUAUGCGCCCCCCCUCUGCAUGGGGUGUUCCUUUGGGGGGCAGUGGUGGGCCUGCCCCCUCCCCCUCGCCAUCCCCCUCCCCUUCCCUGUCCCCGUCCCCAUCAAUGUUGCAAGCCACGUCGCUGGCUGCUGCAGCAUCAGUGGCGGCAGCAGCAGGGGCAGCUGCUGGGGGCCAUCCGGGUGGGAUGCCUUCUGCUGGUGCUGCUGCUGCAGGUGCACAGAUGCAACCAGUGUGGGGCAGAGCAGGAGGAGCAGGAGGAGGAGUAGGAGGAGCAGCAGGAGGAGGAGGAGCAGCACUGCCACAAGCUGCAGGCACAGCAGCAGCGGCAGCAGGAGGGGUAGGGGUUGGGAGUGCGGGGCCGGGUGGAGUGGGGGGUCCCACGGCACGAACCCCCUCUCCAGCAGCGUGGGGGGUGGAGCGGCGGCGGGAGGAGGAGCGUAGUGCGUUGCUGUGUGGGUUCCAGCAGAUGCGUGACCAUGGCAUGGAUGACCGCGUGCUCACGAGCAGUGCACCAAGUGCAGUGGUGCGGCCGGUGCGCCCGUGUGAGGUGCCGGCCAUGUGGCCGCACAAGCCCAUUGCACCGGAGCAUGCGCGGGCGCUCUUUGAGCACCUCGGCAUGGAUGCGCUCUUCUUCGCCUUCUACUUCCAACAGAGCACGUACAUGCAGUACCUGGCGGCCAGGGAGCUCAAGAAGCAGUCGUGGCGCUUCCACAAGGGCUACAACACCUGGUUCCAGCGCCAUGUCACCCCACCCGUGAUCACGGAGGAGUACGAGAGGGGAGGCUAUGUGUACUUUGACUUCCACCUGCACGCGCCCCACCCCUCCGACGCACAGCCCGGUGUCUCCACAGGCUGGUGUCAGCGUGUGAAGGACGACUUCAUGUUUGAGUACCAGCACCUGGAGGACGAGCUGGAUGCGUAA